AUGUAUUGGGUCAUUUUCGUCCACGGUGGCCCUGACACUACGGCGACCAACUUUGCUGCCAAGACAGUCGUGGAUCUAUUCAAAUCUGGAGUUGCCGAGGUUAUCGAAGAGGCCCUCUUGGUGAUAAACAACAGGCUAUGCAUCCAGACCACUCACGAUGUUAUCUCGGGUAUACAUCUUGCGGCGCGACUCUUCCGUUACCAAACGUUAAUCCAGCAGUCCAUGGAUAAGCCCGAGACCCCUGUUGCCCCUCAAGCUAUCAUCGGUGUGGUGGGUCCGUACAAUCUUCCAUUGCUAAGAGAUAUAGACCCUAUGCCACCGAUAUGCCAACAGUUUUUACUUGCCACAUUCGGCACGAAUAAGACGCUAUGGCGGGAUGUAAGUCCUGCUAGAUACAGCGAUUUCAAGACACUUUGGCCGGCAGGGAAGCUCGCUGUCAUGGCCUACUACGAAGACAAGAGGAGAGAAGAAAGAAAGAUUGGUCGAGACACUAAACCUGAAGAGUGGGCAUGA